AUGAUACGCAACUUCAGCUACGUGAAUAGCGUAGCUGACAUCGACGUAAUUAGAUCUCCUUACCACGGGUGUCUUCGCUGUGGGCCGGGGAGCAGCAGCCGACUCACUGGGGAAUCAGCUCUGAGGAUCAUCCUGGUCGGUAAGAGUGGAGGUGGGAAAAGUGCAACAGGAAACACCAUUCUUGGGCAGGAGAAGUUUGAAUCCGUACUUAAGGCAAAGCCUGUUACUCAGACAUGUAGUGAGGGCAGCAGGACCUGGAAUGGAAGGAAGGUUGUGGUUAUCGACACGCCUGCUAUUUUUGACACCAAGGACGCUGAUGAACAAACCAUCCGUGAGAUCAGUCGCUGUGUCGCGCUCUCCUCCCCAGGCCCCCACGCUCUGGUGCUGGUGACCCAGCUGGGCCGUUUCACUGAGGAAGACCAGCGCGCCGUGAAGAGAGUACAAGAGAUUUUUGGCCCCAAGGCCAUGAAGUUCACAAUUGUAUUAUUCACCCGCAUUGAAGACAUACAGAGUGGAACCCUAGAGGAGUAUAUCUCCCACUCAGAUAACAAACAGCUUCUCCAUCUGAUCAAACAGUGUCAGGGCCGAUACUAUGGUUUCAACAAUAAAGGUACGUGGGCGGAACGGGCUGCCCAGGCUGAAGAGCUGAUGACUAAGAUUGCUGAUAUGGUGAAAAAGGAGAAUAAAGACCAACCGUUCUACACUAAUGAGGUGUAUGAAAAGGCUGAGAAGAUUCAAACGAACAGCCCCUUCCCCGGGACCAACGUCCUCUCUCCCAGUGGCUGCUUCCAGGCCUCCAUCGCCUCUGGCCUGGACACAUGGAAUGAGUAA